UAUUCAAUCCCCUCACUCUUUCCCUUAUGGCUCCAAGCACAUUCUUCCUCCUUUCACCACCAGAGUGGUUUCAGAAGAUUCUGUAGUAAGUUCUCAGAAGCCUAUUGUGCAGUAACAAAGAAUUCCAGCAUUGAGCUGUGAGUUCUGUCUUUGCUGGCUUUCCCAAGUGGAAGGCUAUACUCAUCCUUCACUAAUGGCAGACUAGGACAAGCAUUGCCCAGGCCUGCAAGCUUGUUCAGCACUAGGAACCCAAGCAAGAACUCACCAUGCCAAUCAAACCUGUUGGCUGGAUGUGUGGGCAGGUGUUGAAGAACUUUUCUGGAAGAAUCGAGGGGAUCCAGAAAGUAAUCAUGGACCUUGUAGAUGAGUUUAAAGAUGAAUUUCCCACCAUCUUAAGAUUAUCACAGUCUAAUCAGAAAAGAGAACCUGCGCAGAAAACAUCCAAAAUCGGGAUGGCUAUUGCUUUAGCCAAGAUUAAUCGAGAAACAUUAAUUCGAGGAUUAAACAGCAUAUCCAGAUCCUCCAAAUCAGUGGCCAAACUUCUGCAUCCUCGGCUUGCAUGCAGACUUUUAGAGCUAAGGCAUAUAUCUGCUCAUCUGCUGAGGGAAGUUAACGCGCCAAGGCAAUACCUAUGUAACAUGCAGGCUGUACAGGAAGCACGGCAGCAUCAGCUUCUGGGGAGGCCUCAGGGAACUUACAAUCAUGGCAGAAGGCAAAGGGGAAACCAGCACUUCACAUGGCUGGAAAAGGAGGAAGAGAGAGAGGUCAGAAAGGGUUCUUUGUUUGAAAUCAUCUCCUUUCCAGCAAAGACAGCUUUAACUAGCAUAAUAUAUGCUUCAUAUGCAGCACUAAUUUAUUUGGCAGUCUAUGUUAAUGCUGUGCUGGAGAAGGUAAAGAAUAUCUUCCAGGAAGAAGAAGCCAUAAGGCAAAGCAGAGAAGAGAGUGAAAAUUGUAGAAAAGCCUUUUCUGAGCCCGUGCUUUCAGAGCCUACGUUUCCUGACGGUGAAAUCAAAGCAAAACCUUAUAGGUCAUUGCCAGAGAGGCCAGACAUUUCAUGUUACGCCAAGCUUCCUGCUAAUAAGCAGAGUAACAAAAUCCAAGUUUUACAUUCUGUGUUUGACCAAUCAGCUGAAAUGGAUGAGCAAAUCUGAAUGCAGAUAUUACUGAACGGAACUUAAAAGUUAUCUAUUUAAUGGCACAUUUCAUCGGACAAAACUCAGAGACUAGUUUAAAUAUUCUGAAUUGCUCUGCUUUCUUAUAAAAAAAGAGAAGGGUACUACAAUUAAAAUGUCAUUUUCUAGUAUUUACAUGGUAGAGUAAAUAAAAGGAAUAUUGAUGUGGAAUA